GAGGUUUUACGAAGUUUAUGGCAGUGGUCCAAGACCUUUUGAAUUGUCACAGUUAGACUUCAAAUCUACCUGCCAGAGGUUUGUGGAGAAAUACAAUGAACUGAAGGAAGAAGGGAAAAUUGAAGAGGAUAAAUUGUUUGAAGAAACAGGAAAAGCCCUUCUGGCCAGUGGGAUCAUUUUACAGAGAAGAGGAAAAGAUAAAGUAGCACAGCGGGAGCAUCCAAGUCCUGGAACCAAGGAUCCUGCCUUACACCUGCAGCUGCAGACUGUGCUGGAGGAGCUGCAGGAGAAGAAGAAGGAUGGGGCAGAGCAGACACCAGAGCUGACAGGGUCACAGAAGGAGAAUCCCUCUCCCUCCUAA